CUUUUUUCAACCACAUCGGAACAAGUUCAGUCGAGAGCCCCAUGCCGCUCACGCGCAGCGAGCAGAGCCGCUUCCUCAAGCCCCACAAGUGCUGCCAAGAGGAGCUGUUUGCAUCCGACUACAUCCGAACCAACAAGUCGGGGGGACUCAAGAGCUUGCGAUGCUUUCCGCAUUGCUGUAAAGGACACAAGAAGAAGACGUUUUGCGGGACCGGCCUGGGUGUCGAGACGGACCUCCCGGACUGUUCCGCCGUGCUGAGCUACUUUAGCUGUCAUGGCGACCCCGGGAGCACUCCUGACAAAGACGAGUGUCCUGUCCAGUUCCAAGUCGGGCACACGUACAACCUGCUGGACUUUGAGACCCACGUCAAGUCCAAGGACAACCUGUUUGGGUCGGUCUUUCCUGGGCAGCGCGUGGGCUCGUCGCGGCAGUUUGUCAUCAACGGGGACCGGCAAUGCUGGCAUUACGGGUGGUGUUCGUCCCGCGUGGGGCAAAAGUACACGCACUGCCUCAACGUGUACUUCUUCAAGGUCGAGGCCGACACCAAGCUCGAGUGCAUCGACGCCAUUGAAUCCGAUCCGUUCCACAUCACGUCCAGCCGCGUCAUGCGCAAGAAGACGCGCCUCGCCAAGCGAACGAUCGCGGACGUGCAUGGAGGGUACUUGAGCGACAAAGCCGCCGAGUCGUCGUCGGGACAUUCCGACGCUCAAAUCCAAUCCAAACGCGUCAAGUCGACGAGUUUGGCCAAGCGAGACUUGAUCUGCUUGUUGAACCCAAACGAAGCUGCCGCCGCUGCCGCUGCCAACAUCACCGCCACAUUGCCGCCGACUCCAUCGCUUCCGCCGAUCAUUCCCGUCGUGAACGUCACCAACCGCCGCCUUCAACCCGACGACACGCUGCAAGCCCGAUCCAACGAUGUGUUCUUCAUCAUCCAGAUCCUGAGUCGAAUCGCCGACUUUGAGCGGCUGGGGUCCACACAGCGGCAGUACUUCUCCCUAACCAUGCAUCACCUGUUUAGCGUGCAGCCGCUGCUGGCCAAACCGCCGCCGUCGCCGCCGCGCAUCCCCCACGGAUCCAUGAUGGAAUCGUUGCUGAGUGUGCUCGUGGCGGGCGUCGAAAGCGCGCUGGAAGCCGGGUUCCUUAGCAAGUUGCGCGACCAUAUUCUCACGCACCCGCACGACCCGCUCAAAGCGUACAGUGACAUGCUGGGUAUGUUUGAGCAAGCAUUGGUGGCAUUGGGCGGUCAGUUUCCCACCACGUGCGACACGGUUGCCGCCAUGGCCAAGCAACUCCACGUCGCAUUCUCAACUGUGAUUGGCCACAAACACAAAAGCCUGCUACCCGAGCACGAGUACGUCCCGGAAACCCCCCCCACGACCUUCCUCGAUUCGCUCUACAUGGGCAGGGAAUUUGCCUCGGCCGUCAUGUCGGCGCUCCACGUGCCCCAGUGGAGCCCCACGUCCCGCAACGUUCAAGGGGAUUUUUCCCCAUUGAGUGGCAAGUGGGCACGGCUGUCCCUGCAGUGCAGGACCCAGCCCCAGCACCAUCCGUCGUGGCUGUAUCGGUUGCUCACUGACGUGGCAUCGCGUACGUGGAGUAUCGACGACCGAGGCGAUGAAAUGCUGGUACGUUGUGUUUUCACCAAUCUCUAUCGACUUUGAAUAUAUAUAUAUGCAUGUGAUGAAGAAUUUAUAUAUAUAUAUAUAUGUAUGCUCUUCCCCACGCUUUUGUAUGCUCAAGAUAUGGUGUUUGGGUCUUUCCGUUUGGAGACUUUUCAUGAUAAUUAUAAGUGUGGGACUUUCCGAGGUAAAUAAACGCCUAAUUAUUGGCGACUACCCUGGUUAUAAUAGUAGGAUUCUAUGGACUGUUGUUGUAAUAUUGACCUUUGGCCCAAAAGGUGGACUUUUAUGUUGUUUUUGGCCAAAUUAUCUAUCGAUCGAGUCGUGUGGGAUGGUACUCAUACUAAUUGAAGUCACACACUAAUUCGACGUUGACUCUGGUGCAAUCGGAUGGACUCUUUCACUGAUUUUUUUGCUCUAUUAUUGUACAUUCCAGUUUCAACCCCACAAAUCUGUUGAUAUGGGUAGAUCUUGUGGCCUGGAAGUGUGGGGACGGCGCACUUGAUCCAUAAGCUCUGUGGCAAGCACCGGUUGUUAGCCCAGUCGCCGUACGGGUUGAGCAGUUCGUGCACUCAACUGAUUGGGUAUUUAGCCAAGCGCAAUUUCCAGGACAACACGGUGACACUGCAGUAUUAUUAUUGGCCGGCCGAGGCCUCGUCCAAGUUUAGAAAACGUCUCACCAGACACUUUCGAACACACCCCGAUGACCCGAAUUUACUGGAAAUCCACGUCGUGUUGGAGGUCUGCAAGCCGCCGACCGACCAACACGUGGCCAAGACCCCCAUGGAAAAGCUCAUGUUUCCAGCCGACUGGCAUGUGGAAUCCAGCUCCAUUGACACGUAUGCCAGGGCGGCCGCCGAGUAGUUCCAGUACUACUAGUGUAGCAGAGUAGUAGCAACUAUAGUAUUUUUUAAAGUAAUAUUUUAUAGAUAUCGUAUUUUAUUG